AUGCUGCGGCAGAGAAGGCGCGAACACUUCUCAAUGGGAAAGUUCGUACAAGGCAUUCAGGAUUUUAUUGAAGAGCUACAAAGUCUGCCUUGUGAUCAACAGAAUCUCGUGGAUGAGCUUGAGGAUCUUGUCAAAAGGGUGGAAGUUUGGCGAACGGAAGCGAGUGAGGCCAUUAAAAAAUGUGCAGAUGAUGAUACGUCCCUAACGAGCAAUGAUUUACGGACACUUGUGGAACAUGGAGAGGACUUCGACGUUCGUUUAGAUGAAAUAGACCAGCUUUGGCGGACCAUCGAAAUGAGGGAGUGGAACGACAACGCAAAGUGUGUGCUGGAAUGGACCACAUUGGAAGGCAUUGAAGAGAGCGAUGAUUUUUUGACACUCAAACGGUGGAAGCGUGAAGAAGUUUUGCGUUUGGUCUCUGAUGGAGGUCGGCUGUUCCCUAAUGGAGGUCCUGACUCACCAGUAAAUCGCCUACAUUCUCUCUUCAAAACUGCUCUUAUAGCUGAAUCGAAGGUUGAGCUCUUAUUCGAGGAUUCCUCAGCAAACGACAAGGACUUGGAAAACGUUUGGAAGGAAAUUCGUGAAUCAGACUGGCUGGAUACGAAAAUAAUGAGCAGACUCCGGGAGGAAGUAGUGCGACUGUAUGCUGUUCAACAACGGGCACAGCGGAAAGAAGUGUCUCUGAAUGAAACAAUGGAUCUGGUGAAAGAAUGUGAAAGCUCGAAAUUCCUCAGCAACUCCGGCUUAUACGACAGUUUGCUCGAUGUUAAAGACAGUCUACUGAACUUUACUCAACGACUAGUGAAUCUGUUCCAAAAACCAGCUUCAUAUUACAAUCUUGUUGAGAUAAUUCGCGAUCGCGGUGAUCUUGCGGCUUUAGUGGAAGGGCAGUCACUACCACGUUAUUUAAAUGAAGAUUUGGCACCUGAAGAACAGUGGCUGCAAUUGAGUGAAUUUGGCACAUCAGAAGAGAUGAAACAACAUUUAUGUUCUCUGAGAGCGCAGUUUCGAGCUCUGAUUCGUCAAGUUUACAGGGCUUGGAUGGAGAUGCGAAAUCGACCUGCACGUUCAUCUCCAUUUCCUUCACUUUUUGUUAAACUGAAACGUGGGAAGCGAAAUUCUGGAAAGCAUUCUGCCAAAAAGGAGCGAAAACGGUCACGGGUUGUAUAUCAUCAGGACGACGAGCAGUGCUCUGCAGAUACCUGUCUAAAACCGUACGGUGAAACCGUGGGAUGGAUAUUGUGCGAAGCUGGCUGCGCUCGUUGGUAUCAUUACGUGUGUAUUGGUAUGACAGCCGAGAGUGCAAAAUCUUUGCCGUCGUAUAUUUGCUACCGUUGCAACAAUACUGUGCAACAAAUUGCACAACAUCCAGUGGCUGUUUGA